CAUGUCUUUAUCAAGAAACACUCAGAUCUGCCAGGCAGCUAGCCAUACAAUGGUAAGAAUGACUAGCUUAGGGUAUCCUCUUAUUAUAUCUUUAUCUAUUCUAUCCCAAGGCUUCCUUUUUUCAUUUUCAAAGUCCAUCCGCAAAUCAGAGAAUGAUGAAGUCUUACUAGAUACAAUUGCUCUAAGAAAAGCAUUACGCGAUGGAGACACGGCAGAGAAAUCUGUAGCUAAUCCACCAGAUCAUUACUCAGACGAAAGCUCAAACUUGAAUGAGGAAGAGGAAAGAAGUAUAAAGAGUUUGGGUUCUCGGAACAGUUAUUUCAGUCAAGAUGUUAUUCCUCUAGGCACUGGAAUGAAGAAAAUGGCCUUUUCACCACUUAAAAGCUCUCUAAGACAUGCAGAAAUUGGGAAUGAGAAUGUUGAGUUGACACAUGAAAGAAGGGAUAUUGGAGAAGAGGAAAAUAAGUUCCCAAUAGGAAGGCGAGAUUUUGACAUGCUCAGGUGUAUGCUUGGAAGAGUCUAUAGACCAUGCUGGCAGAUAUGAAAUGACAAAGGAUAACAAUGAAAAGGACAUCGGCCUACCACUUACCCAUGAAUUAAAUCAACAGAUAAAGUGCAU